AUGAAAUUCGCAGUCACAGUAUUAGCAUCAAUCCUGUUUGCUUGCUCGGUUACUACAGCCAGCCCAGUCAAUCCCAGUGCAACUACAAGUGCUAAAGCUAGUAUUUCAACCGUCAUUCCCAGUUCAAAAACUACACCUUCAAAAGAGGAUAUAGCUUUGAUCAAAGAGUACGUAUUGGUGAAGAAAGAUCGUGAUGAUGCGGAGGAAAUGCAUGAAUCGAUACAACUUGAAAGACUUGCUCAAGAAGAAUUGAUAAAACGGCUGAAACAAAACCCUCAGGAAUUGCUAAUUGUAUCUAAUACUAUAGAGAAUCCUCCAAAGUACGGCGAAAGGCGCAAGAAACUUGAACAGAAGCUUAAACAAGAACGAGAAAAUCUUGAUGAACUUACUGGGAAGCUGCGGAAUUCCGAUUAUAGCAUUUUAAAUCGGAGAUUGGGUGAAAUCAAAAUAAAACUUGUAAAGAGCUUGACUGGAAAAGUUCUGCGUCAACCAACCAGUCAUUACUUGAGACUUUGGGAAUCAGAUCCCAAGUUUAUGAAACUCAUCAGCACAUUUGGCAAUUCCACACCAAGCCAACAGCCAGGAUCCGAGCAAGCCUCUACUAGCGGAACCCAGAAUCAAUUACAACAUCAUAAAAGUUCAUCAUCACCAAGCGAAACGUCUACAGUCCAACCCACUCAAACAUCAUCCAGUACAUAA